CUGCAGCCACUGCCUCGGGGCAGCGGAAGUUUGAGCGUCGCGGAGCGCGCGAGCGGAGACUCGUCUGUGGGAGCCGCUUCACAGCCAGACCCGCCCCGCCAUGAACCUGGAGAAUAAAAUGAAGAAGAUGGGCUUGGGCCAUGAGGAAGGAUUUGGUGCCCCCUGCUUAAAAUGCAAGGAGAAGUGUGAAGGAUUUGAGCUUCAUUACUGGAGGAAAAUAUGCCGCAACUGCAAAUGUGGCCAGGAGGAGCAUGAUAUCCCUUCAAGCAAUGAGGAUGAUCGGAAAGUGGGGAAACUCUUUGAAGAUACAAAAUACACAACCCUCAUUGCAAAGCUGAAGAGUGAUGGCAAUCCCAUGUAUAAACGCAAUGUUAUGAUACUGACCAACCCAGUGCCAGCCAAGAACAUAUCCAUUGAUACUGUGACUUACGAGUGGGCUCCUCCUGUUCAGAAUCAGGUUCUUGCUAGACAGUACAUGCAGAUGUUACCGAAGGAGAAGCAGCCUGUUGCUGGCUCGGAAGGCGCGCAGUACAGGAAGAAGCAGUUGGCAAAGCAGCUGCCUGCUCACGAUCAGGAUCCUUCAAAAUGCCACGAGCUUUCCCCCAGUGAAGUUAGGCACAUGGAACAGUUUGUGAAGAAGUACAAAAAGGAAGCACUUGGUGUAGGAGAUGUCAAGCUUCCUGGUGAGGUGGAAGUGAGAGCUCCUGAUGAGAAUAACUUGAAAAAUGGUGGUGGCAGAGGGACCUCAUCUACUGUUGGAACAAUGGAGAAGUCCCCAAAUCAGAAAGCGUCUCAAUAUUCCUGCUAUCUCUGCAAACUGAACAUGAAGGAAGGUGACCCAGCUGUCUAUGCAGAACGUGCUGGAUAUGACAAAUUGUGGCAUCCAGGUUGUUUCAUUUGUUGCACCUGCGGUGAACUUCUAGUAGACAUGAUCUAUUUCUGGAAGAAUGGUAACCUGUAUUGUGGAAGACAUUAUUGUGAUAGUGAAAGACCCCGCUGUGCUGGAUGUGAUGAGCUAAUAUUCAGCAAUGAAUAUACUCUUGCCGAAGGGCAAAACUGGCAUCUGAAACACUUCUGCUGUUUUGAUUGUGAUUGUGUUUUGGCUGGGAUAACCUAUAUAACGGUGAACGACAAGCCAGUCUGCAAAUCCUGCUACAUGAAGAACCAUGCUGUGAUCUGUCAAGGCUGUCAUAAUGCUAUAGAUCCAGAGGUUCAGCGUGUAACAUACAACAACUUCAACUGGCAUGCUAUGCCGGAAUGCUUCUUGUGCUCCUGUUGCAGCAAGUGUCUAAUUGACCAGAAAUUCAUAUCUGUGGAAGGGAUGCUUUUCUGCUCUGUGGAAUGUAAGGAAAAGAUGAUGUCAUAAAAGAAGACAUGCACAGAACUAAUCAAGUAUUGCUGUGUUCCAAAGGCUCUUGCAUUUCUACUGUAAAAUAUAUAGUGUCAGGUCAUUUAAAAUUAUUGAAAGUAUUAAAUAGCAUUUCCCAAAGAUUUUUUUUUAAUGUCUAAAGCUUCCUAUGUAAUCUUCAUUUCUUAGCUGUGAUAAUACCUAAUUUUUUGGAAUGUGGUUUCUGAGUCUUAUUUCAAAUUAUUUCAUAUCACAGAAACGUAAGAAAAAAUGUGUUACAAACUCUAUACAUUCUAAGGGAGCUCUUCACUGUGAAGAAUCUUUUUGCUAUAUCUUGUCUAAUGGAACAAGAAAAUGUGAAAAUGCUCCAAUUUAUCUUGCUUUGUAUGACAAAUGUAACUCUUUCCCCUCUGGUUUCACUAAUUUAUCAUUUUUGCAGUUUUUCUGCUUUCACCAAGCACUUUAGACAAAAUGAUCAGUUUUACUGCCAUGUACAGCUUUGUUUUCCUGACUUCAAGUAUGGAGGAAGAAUGGCACUUAAAAAAAUCUUUGCCUUUAAUAAUUUCUUUGGGUUUGUGACAUGGGUUCUUGGUAGAUGGUGACUACUCUAAAGUCUAGUUUUGAAUAUAACUCCACCAGUAGAAAAAUGUUGGCUCAUGUUUCUUUCUUGCAAUUUUUCUUGCAAUUGUUGCUGGAAAAGCUUUAAUUUUACAAAUACUGAAGUUAUGUUAUAGAUUGGGGGUGGGGAGUGUUGGUGUUAGAAGAUAAGAGCAGGUCUUGCUUAGAUUAAAAAAAAACCACCAGAAGUAGUGGGUGUCACUGUUAGCCUUUCAGAACUGGCUUCUGUUCUAUAUAAUGAAUGUUCCUCUCAUAAGUUGUGCCUUCUAUCAAGAGGGAUGUGGCACACAGUACUGUAUGCAUUUCCAAGAAUGUAUUUCUGCAAAUGGAUCCUGCUUUUGAUUUCUGUGUUCCGAAUCAAAGCACGAAGAAGACUUUCCCAGAAAACUUUCAGUAUCUGAGUGAAAAAGUUCACAGCUGUUUAUUAGCUUUGCUUACUAGAUAAACCAAAUGUGUGGCUCUUUCUUUUUCUUUAAUAAUUAUAGACCUACAGUGAAGCUUCUUAGAUGUCUUUGUGCCAAACACUAUAUGGAGAGUGUUUGGCCUGGGAAAAAAGUUAUUUAAAAAAAAAAAUCUAUGCAAGUCUUAUGUUCGGUUCUUGUAAGUUUUAUGGUGAUUGUGUUGUAACAUCUAUAAAUAAAAUUAGUGGUUUUCACUUAAGUUGUCUACUAAUUCUGUUCAAUCCCCUUCAGGGGAGGCAAGGAGGAAGUGAGAUGAUACUUUACUUCAGCUUGGACAUGAUUUCCUAAAAACUGAAGGCCUGAUUGACUGUGCAGUAGUUACUGUAUUGUGUAACAUUGUCAGUGUGCUUUUAGGUGCAGAACAGCGGGUCUUGUUCCAACAAAUGCAC